CUCACUUCUCUCACUCUCAGUGUUCUCACUUCUCCCUUCUCUCAAGUCUCACGCCUCUCAACUCUCAAGACUCACCGUCAAGCGGCCUCACCGUCUCACACUCUCACCCACUCUGCGAGUCACGCGGCACGCCUCUCUGCCUCGCCCUCUCACGCCUCUCUGCCCGCUCACUCUCUCUGCCUCCACGCUCGCUGCCACGCCCACGAUCACGCCCUCAAGCAUAACGGCGCCACGCCCACGAUCUUCUCUUCGCCCGAUCAGGGAGAAAUUUCUGGACCUUAGAGACAAAUGUUGCAAUUUACUUGGUAUGGUUGUGAUCGUGGACCUCUGAAGUGCUGGGUUUUUUUCAUUAUUUUUUCCCUCUCGUUCUCGCCCUCUGAAGUGCUCUGUUCUCUGCUUCUCGGCUUCGUCAGAUUCUCCAUUCAUGUUCAUGGCUUCAUCUCAGGUUCUGUGUUCCGUGACUUCACUGUUUCCAUCUUCACUUAUGACCAGAUGGGGUCUGGUAAAACGCAUACCAUGGUGGGCAGCCAAGAAGACUUUGAGAAGAGGGGGCUUAUACCACGUUCAUUAGAACAGAUUUUUGACACCGGUCAAUUCCACAAAAAGAGUGGUUGGACGUACAAAGUGGAGGUUUCAAUGGUUGAACUAUCCAGACAUGGAUACUUCGAUUUGUCAUCAAAAAAGGACAAAAUUGAAACUCCAAAUCUUUCGAAAAAAGUUGAUGUUUCGUGUUUGAAAGAUGCUUUACAGCAUUUCCAGAUGGCUAUAGCAAGAAGGAUCUCAUGCUUACAUCCAAGGGAGUGUUACACUAUUGAUCUGUCUGGGAGUGAGCCAAUGGACAGCACUUACCAUUCGCAACUGGACAAUCCUAAUGUUGAUUCGUAUGAAGAAUCUAAGUGUAUCCUUUGAUCUUAUAAUAGAAGAAGCGGAGGAGGAGACGUGAGCAAACAUCACGAUCUUUGGCCCUUCGAGGUAAUACUGUAUGCAUAAAUAGGAAAAGCAUCAACUACAUAGAAACUAAAACUUUCAUUUAAAUGUUCGAGAAGUUAAGACCAUUUUGUAGUGGUACUUUGGGUUAAGUAAUGUGUUUGGGCAUGGUGAGAGUGUGUAAUUAAGUGUGUGUGUGUUUAACAGUUAGUUUGUUUCUAAAAAAAAAAAAAAUGUAAGAGAAGUUAAAACCAAUAGUUGUACCUGCAAAUAUUUAAAUAGCCGCUGCUUAUAGAAAACUUGUGCACCAACCGGCUCUUUGCCACCACGUCUCUCAACACUUGACCCAAAUUGAAAAGGGAACCCUUGAUAAACUAAAUGCAACAAAUAAUCCGAAAAAGGGAACUUUUAAUGUACUAAAUGCAACAAAUGAAAAAGAAGAAAACUAUUAACAAAUUGAAGUGAAUGGUUAAUAAAAUUCAAUAGAGACCUUAGAUUCUUCAUACGAAUCAACAUUAGGAUUGUCCAGUUGCGAAUGGUAAGUGCUGUCCAUUGGCUCACUCCUAGCCAGAUCAAUAGUGUAACGCUCCCUCGGAUGUAAGCAUGGGAUCCUAGAAAAGCAAGAAAAUAUUUCAACAUAUAAAAUUGGCAAAAGAGAGAAAAAGUAGCUCAAAUAAAACAAUACAAAAAAACUGUUGUGAAACAGGAUAAUUUACUCAACUUAAAAGAUUAAGUCAAUUCAAGACGACCACAUAUCCAUGUCUCACGCUAACUUCACAGUACACACACCAAAUUAAGCAAUUAAGGUAAACCCUAUUCGUGCAUUCCUAGUGUGCAGUAAAAGCAACUUAAUAGUCAAAUAUUUCUUUUGCCAAGCAGCCACAAAAAUGAUCAAUUGCUCCCAAAACCUAAAACGGAAGGAAUACAUUAACUAUCUUCAAGUUUAUGUCUAGAAUACAUAAUCUCUAGGCUUAUGAGAGGAACUACGCUCCAAUCCACUAAUUAGUCGUGAUUUGUGAAGAUUUGAAGCCAUUCUGUAAACUUGGAAGUCAAUGUUGCACACGUGACCACAAAUUCAACUGAUAAAUUACGUUUGUUCCAAAAACUUAAGUUAUUAGGAUAUGGAGAAUUUAAUCAAAUCCUCGUACAACCCAAUUACCUUCUUGCUAUAGCCAUCCGGAAAUGCUGUAAAGCAUCUUUCAAACACGAAACAUCAACUUUUUUCGAAAGAUUUGGAGUUUCAAUUUUGUCCUUUUUUGAUGACAAAUCGAAGAAUCCAUGUCUAGAUAGUUCAACCAUUGAAACCUACACAUAUUUAGAAGAAUUUGUUAAAUGUUUUACUAGAAAAUAUAAGUAGAUCAAAAACAAAAAGGGUCCCUUUUGUCCAAUAGGCAGGUAGCUUUGGAGUGUUUGGUCUCCAUUUCAUCAUACGCAACUCAGGUAUCCUCGUAUAUGUUUCCCCCAGUUGUCACACCAGACAGUGAGGUCCUCGGCAGGAAAUGUGGAGGUCAUGAGGUUAAUUGAAG